AUGGGUCCUGAAGUAGGUGGAGUUGACAAGGAGGAGGAAACAUCUAAAACGUCAAAGCAAAUGGGAGAUACAGGAGAAUUAGAAGAGGACGUAGUAACUCCGUGGAAUGUCACGGCCUCUAGUGCUCUAGGAGUAGACUACGAUAAGCUGAUAAUUAGGUUCGGCUGUCGCAAGAUUGAUGCUGCGUUGAUUGAGAGGUUUGAGAAAGUCACAGGCCGUCGUGCGCAUCCUAUGCUUCGUAGGGGUCUAUUUUUCGCUCAUAGAGAUCUUUCUCUUAUUUUGGAUAGGGUUGAACAAAAAAAGCCAUUCUACCUAUAUACUGGAAGAGGUCCUAGCAGUGGGAGUCUCCACCUUGGCCAUUUAAUUCCGUUUUUGUUCACGAAGUUCUUACAAGAUGCAUUUGAUGUUCCUUUAAUUAUUCAGAUCACUGAUGAUGAGAAGUUCCUUUGGAAAGGAUUGUCUUUUGAGCAAUCAGAAAAAAUGUCGCGAGAAAAUAUUAAAGAUAUCAUAGCCUGUGGAUUUGAUCCCUCGAGAACAUUUAUAUUUCGCGACACCGAAUACAUGUGCAAGGCUUUUUACAAAAAUGUCUUAUUUAUGUGGAGAUCGAUAACGGUGAAUCAGAACCGUGCUAUAUUUGGAGUGUCCGGUGAAGAUUUCGUCGGAAAAGAGGCAUUUCCUGCCAUUGAAGCUGCACCCUGUUUUAGCAGUAGUUUUCCUGAAAUUUUUAAUGGACGAAGAGACAUUCCAUGCAUAAUUCCAGCUGCCAUUGAUCAGGACCCUUAUUUUCGCAUGACUCGAGAUGUAGCUCCAAGAAUGAAAUGCCCGAAACCUGCUAUGAUCUACAGCUCAUUUCUGCCAUCUCUCCAGGGUGCACAAAGUAAAAUGGCAGCAUCUGACGUCAAUUCCUGUAUUUACAUGGACGACACACCAAAGCAAAUUAAAACAAAAAUUAACAAGUACGCGUUUAGCGGUGGCCGAGAUACUGUUGAGGAGCACAGAAAGUAUGGCGGUAAUUGUGACGUUGAUAUAGCCUUUCAAUUCUUAAGAUAUUUUCUAGAAGACGAUGACGAGUUGGAGAAGAUAAGAAAUCGUUAUACCACUGGUGAACUACUGACUGGGGAGUUGAAAGCGAUCGCUAUAAAAGAGGUGCAAAGAGUAAUUGGAGAACUGCAGAUGAGACGAAAGGAAGUUACAGAUGAAUUAGUGGAUCAGUUUUCUGUUCCGCGUCGUCUUUGUUAUGAAUAUUGA